AUGAGUACUGGCGGUGUUUACGUGAAGGCUUACAGUAACAAUUGGCUGUCACAGUUCGGUUUGUACAAAUACCAAUCGCCACAUGAAGUUUCCCGUCAUGUUUCUUACCGGCAUCGAAAGAUAUCUUUGUAUGGAAUUCUUGCUAUGGCAUUCGUUAUCUUCUUCAUUCUAUUUAUCAUCGUCAAUAACUCGGAGUCCAGCAGGCGGCAGCUAAUAGCGGAAAGUUUUUCCAACGAAACCAGCAUUGAGUCCAGUAUGGCUCACUCCAUACUGACGACACCAUUCUCUGCUAAUGAAAUCAAUUCGCUGCACCAACAAUCCAUUGACGGCCGCAAUGAGUCAAAAGAAGUGGCUGAAGCUGUUGUACAGCGCAGAUUGCACCGGUUGGAUUCCGAAGCACCAACCUUAGAAAAGAACGAUAAUUUGGUACUUUUUCCAAGUGCAUAUCUCAAGCCACCAAAACUGGGUAGCGUGCGGAAAUUUUCAGACGUUUCGCCUUUAGCAGAUAAUUUCCAAGCUGCCUCACUUGACACUCCACGCCCGUUUAGAAUUCCUAAAAUUAUCGAAGCAGCGAUUCCGUCAGGAUUCACAAAACAGAAUCGGUCCUAUGCUGGAGAUGACUUCAAAGGCUUGAACCCGACUAGACAACGAAACCACCGUGGAUUGGUGAACAACAUUCAGGACGUGCUCAAACAACUUUCGUCUACAAAAAAUCAAAAUCUUAGGUACAUCCCGCAGCUUGAACAGCACCCAUCAGAAUUCAGCAAUCCAAUGUAUAGGAAUCACAAAGUGAAGUUCACCGGAAUUUAUCGUCAUCCGAGAAAGAACGGAGAUAUCACAACACUUUUCGGCGAUGCAUCGAAGCAACACGAACUCCGUGUCUCGAAACCACAGAUCAUCAACAGUCAGCUCAGUGUUCCCAGUGUGUACAUGCCUGAUCCUCUGUACAAUUUCCGUCCAGCAAAUCCAAGUGAUAUCAACUUGCUUGCCACCAAUCAGUUCAGAUUCGCACCCGAAAAGAAACCCAGCACAGAAGAGAAACCUCCCCGGGGAAUGCCGUUUUCAAUCAUGCUAGAUAUUCAACCGAUGACUGACGGAAGUUUCAGCUUUCGACGCCCGACCACCAGAAAAAGACCAACUCCGAAUUAUUCUAGCAUUAACUUUCACCCGUACUUCAACAACCACCAUUUUGCACAGAUAAAGCAUGCAGUUCCGAACCAACAGUACCCAAUGGAGGACAGCUAUUUUCGCAGUUCAACGAGCCGUCACCGCUCCUCGCAUUCGUCUUACCAUUCCACUAUGAAACCGGGAAAAUUGAUGGUUCAUUUAAAUCUCUAUCCCAGGACAGCAUCCUCGGAAGCAGAUCGUAAGUACGAACCGGAUCAGAGCGAUUAUGACAUCAAUCGGCUUAGUCUCCCCGGAGGCGAUACUCUUCCGGACCCAGAACGUAACAAGGCUGAUUCCACGAUAGAACCUCCACGAAACUACCUCGAGGUGUUCCCGUACGAAUUGUUCAAUACUAGUAGUACGACCACUACCAGUCUUCCGCCGGUUCCAGUCACACGUCGGCUUCCGAAAGUCAACGUGGAAACUUUUAGGUCGCUAGAAAUACCUGCGAAUAGUACGACGGUUGAUCCGAUUUUCCAUCAGCAUGUUGGAAGAAAACACGUUCAGCAAAGCCCAAACUUGCCCAUCGAAGCACGAUCAUUUGAAAGUCCAAUUGAAGAUCAUUCCAGAAAGUUGAACGUCCUGAGUUUCAAUGCAAAUGAUGCUGUCUGAAUCAAAUUAUUAGUAUUAUUAUUACCAUAACUAUGACAUAUUAUUUAUUUACUUAGAUAAGAGACCUUAUUUGCUUUGGCAAUGAUUCGUCCUAGCUGUUGUUUUAGAAUGCAAUCAGUAGUCUU